AUGCGAGGACGCCUGGGACGAGGAGAACGGGGACCGCUUUAUCAAGAAGGGUUUACCUACAGAACGUGGGAACCAAGGCCAGAAGACGAUGACCCAAAACUUAGCCCGACAAUCCCUUGGGAAACUUAUGACCAUGAAGACAAGGAGAGUAAGAGACUACAGGAAGCACCAACUCCAGAUCUCGACUGUGUCAGAGAACCAAGGGAAAGAACCUUCUCUGAGAGACUGGGACAAAUCGGGUAUGUGAAGAUCAACGGUCAGGUCACCGACCCGGAUAGUAAGACAGACGUCUUAAAUGCCCUCAACGGAAUCCGCGGCUACCCACCUCGAGUCCCGGGCUUUCACGACCCUCUCCUGUCUCAAGUCAUGAACGACACGGAACUGGGUGAAUACUACACUCAGUUCCUUCGCGAUGUUGAUAACGAAGAGGAUCCUGAACGGGACAACGAAGGGAACCCUUUGGAUAAUCGCAUCAGCCCAGUCACGUUUAUGAAAUGGGCAUCUGGUGUACAGAAGAAAGUCAGGGUCAACACGGCCGAAAUCGAGGGGGAGGUUGUAGAACGGGCUAGACAAGAAGAGCUUAAGGGGGAGAAGCCGCCAGGAAACCAUCGACCGUUGGUAUGGUCUGCCCUGAAACCGCAAUUCGAUCAAGAAUUAGGUGGUGCGAUUUCCCCGGCAUAUUCAGUCGACGAGUAUCCUAGCCCACUGAUGUCACCACGAGGAGUUAACUUGACCAACGUACCCGGCAUGUUCUAUCAUAUGCUGCCGGAGUUCAAUGUGGUGCUUGCUCGUGCAGCAUUUCAUGAUGGCGGGAUUGAUUUAUCUACAAAGGCAUCGUCAGAAACUGAAAUUACCACAGAUUGGCAACUAGCAGACGCUCUUGGAGACGGUAACAGGGAGCUUGGAAUGCAUAGAAUCGAUGUCAUCCAGGUGGAAUUCCAGAACCUUAUGGCAGAACGUGACGUCGAAGUCGGGAAGGCAACCGAAAAGAUGUUGCAAUUGAACUCAGCAAGGGAUACAAUCACUCGGUUAGGGGAGAUGAUUUGCGCUCGACGCUAUGAGAUGACCAUUCUGAAACGUCGUGCUCGAGCAGACCAGUUACUCGGCGAGUGGAGAGAACACCUCCGCCAACAGACAGCGAGAGCUGUGAAUAUGGCCAAAUCAUGGGGGGAUGAGCUCGACGAACUGCGUGAUGUCAAUGUUAAACUCGUUGGCGAACUACAAGACCUCGAUCAGAAUUCGGAGAACGAUGAAAGAUCGGCUGUGGUCUGA